CAUCCCUAGAAGUUAGAACUAGGUUACACCUCCGUUGUUUGAUGCGCUCUUUAAUCCACAGAACCCUAAAAACUUCCACCUUCCGCCUCUCCACCAUCACCACACCCCUCUCACUCUCUCUUUCCAACCCAAAUCCUCCCGUUCGAAGCAUGAACUCAGGAGGGGGGCGCAUUUUCCAGCUUAAACUUGACCCACUUACCGGUAACUCAGAGUGGAUCGUUAUCGAUGAAGAAGACCAAGGAUCAUCUCCGCAGCAACAACCCAUGUUGGCCACCACGUCGUACCUCGACAUGCUUAACGACUCCCGACGCAACAGAGCUUUUCGCCAAGCCAUCGACAAGUCCAUCACGAAACCUGGCCAUGUUCUUGACAUUGGUGCUGGAACUGGUUUGCUCUCAAUGAUGGCGGCACGAGCAAUAGAUCCUAGUAAGUCAACAAUAUAUUCUACUUCCGAAGGUGCAGUGACGGCAUGUGAAUCGUAUCUUCCUAUGGUGAAGCUGAUGCGGAAAGUUUUGCGACUUAAUGGUAUGGAAAGAAGAGUACGUGUUAUCAACAAGAGAUCUGAUGAACUAGAAAUCGGCGUUGAUAUCUCUAAACGUGCGGACAUUCUUGUCAGUGAGAUACUUGACUCAGAGUUGUUGGGUGAAGGACUAAUCCCUACUUUACAGCACGCACAUGACAAGUUAUUGGUGGAAAACCCACAGACGGUACCUUACCGAGCAACUACUUAUGGCCAGUUAGUUGAGAGCAAGUAUCUGUGGAAGCUGCAUGACCUACAUAAUAACGAAGUACAAGCGUUGGAUGACAUUCAACUUGUUCCAACAACAAAGGAGACAAUUUUAUGUGUGAAGUCGCAACAGUUAGCCAUGCAUUGCGAUGCACUACAAGAUGAAAUAAAACUUCUGUCAGAACCCUUCAAAAUUUUUGAAUUUGACUUUUGGAGAAGGCCAGAAAGUCGAGGAGAAAGUAAACUACUCAUUAAGGCAAUUAAUGAUGGUACAGUUCAUGCUGUUGUCUCAUGGUGGAUACUUCAACUUGAUCGCGAAGGAACACUUUAUUAUUCCACUGGCCCAAAAUGGAUAAGAUUAGAAGAAGGAAUGGGUUCUGGGGAUUGGUGUGACCACUGGAAACAGUGUGUCUACUUUGUCCCAGGAAAAGGUCUGUCGGUAUCCAAGGAUGAAGAGCUUCCCCUGCAUGCCAUUCAUACUGAUAUCAGCAUCUCAUAUGAAUUUGAGAUUCAAGCAUUCAGAAGAGAAGUUGAACUGUAUGACUUUGCUCAAGAAGAUCAACUCAUUCUGCCGCCAGAAAGAGUUGCAGUUUAUGGAGACAGCAAUUGGAGAUGCUCUAUGUUAGAAGCUGUUAAAAAGGCUUUGAAGGGUCGAGUUUCCCCACUAUGCCUUGUUCCAGAUGAUAGUGUUUUUUUAACAAUUGCCAUCGCUAAUCUGUGCGAAACAUCACAAGUAAUCUCAUUGUUUCCGGGGCUAAGAGAAAAGGGAGCCAAAUAUUUACGAGCCAUUGCUAGCGAAAAUGGUUACUCAAUGGAUCGAAUUGAAGUUCUUGAUAAGGCAAAAGAUAACUUGACUAUGGGGGAUACUCAUCAGAAAAAGGUUGAGCUUCUUGUUGGAGAACCUUAUUAUUAUGGGAAUGAUGGCAUGCUUCCAUGGCAAAACCUGCGGUUUUGGAAGGAACGGACUAUGCUUGACCCAGUCCUGUCAAAAGAUGCACUGAUAAUGCCUUGUAAAGGAAUACUGAAGGCUUGUGCAAUGUCUCUUCCUGAUCUUUGGAGAAGUCGCCGUUGCUUACAACUAAUUGAAGGUUUUGAUCACUCUGUAGUGAAUGCCACCUUGGGGGGAUGUGGGGAUUUACCUCCACCCCAAGAGAGCCCUUGGUUGCCCUUUUUUAUCUGGCAGUGUGGGGAGAACAAGCGACUGAGCAAGAUAUUUGAAGUCAUGGAGUUUGAUUUCUCAAAACCAAUUAGUCCGUGUUUUGGCGAAACCCAGGUUGAAUUUACGGAGACUGGGAUAUGCCAUGGUUUUGCUCUCUGGAUAGAUUGGGUGAUGGACACUAAUAACUCCAUUUUAAUUUCAGCAGGACCAGAUCAAAGAUACUGGAAGCAAGGAGUUAAGUUGUUGGCCGAGCCUGUCACAGUUGGAAUCCAUGGAUCUAGCACAGGUAGCAUUUCAGCCGAAAUUGAGGCAUCCUUCAACCCGUCAAGCGGUGAACUAGAUUUCGAGUAUGUGUUCACCUAGUUCUACAGUUGCAUGCCCAUUUUUGGUUCUCAAACCUCGUUGGGUAUUUAAUAGUAUUGGUUUAACAACUGGUGCUCAAGAUCAUUUACCCCAGCUUUCUCUUUAGGUAUCUGUUGUGAAUUUCGUUUGUUGUGUGUAUGGCAGGGUAACUAUCUAACUUACAUUUUUAAUGGAGAUCAGGAGUUUAGUAA